GAUUCAAAACAAAGAAACAGAAUACCUAUUAACUUGAUCCUAUCUAACUUGUACAAACACAAUAUUGGUCCGUGAAUGGUAGGAAACCUUUCCCCACCACUCAAUAGAUAGUGAGUACCAAUUAGUUGGAAACCCCAAAUAGAACUUGGCAUCAGCAUGUUAAUAGAAUGUAACUACUGUCUUGCCCUUGAAACGCUGGAAGGUUUACUUGAAUUAGGGAUAUCCUGCAACGGAUUCAACUCAUAGGUAUUCAGGGCCCCCAAAACACCUUCAGCUAACACGGAGGAAAAUCACUCAAAACCCAAACGACUCAGGAGCCAUCUCUGCUCCAUCUUGUCUCUUCUCUGCAUCAUUCCACCGCACUUGUUGGGUGGUAACUGGGAAGGAGGAGGUCAGGGGCCAGGACUCGGCAUGCAGUUAGCAAUGAUGGGCUAUGAACACCCAGCGGUCCAAAAGGAAACAGCCCUACAAGCCCUAAACACCACCAUCAAGCUCCACUUCGAAAAAACCUUGGAGAAGAAUCGAGCCGUCGAUCUCGAAAAGAAGGAGCUUUGGAAGCUCUUCCAGUUCUUCUUCCUCUUCCUAGGCCUGGUCUCCAUUGCCCUGGUCCACUCGCCCAGGCUACAGUGUCGCCACUGCUGGGUCCCCAUCGGCCUCCUCACCAUGGCCCAUCUCAUCUUCUAUGUCUCGGUGGCUCAGACUCUCCGCUGCAUCAAUGGGCUCAAGUACCAGCGGCGGUGCCACAAGCUGACACUGCGGCUAGCGGCGGAGAGAUUGAAACAGAUCAAGAUGAGGAGGAACAGCGGGCUGGCAGACGAGACGGACGACUUUGAGAUUCAAUUCCAGCAGCCUCCCCUGAGCUAUUUUGUUAAGCUCAAGAGGAACUGGACCGUACAUAUCGGAUUCUUGAUUCUGAUAUACGUCUUCAUGGUCUCUUCCUCGGUUGCCCUUCCCUGUUCCUAAUCUAAAAUCCACUUCUUCACAUGUGUUCUAUACUGUCUGUCCUGGAAUUGGAUGCCUCCGCGUCGAAGGUGGUGGUGAUGGUUGUGAUGCUG